GAAUCCACCCAUAUAAUUUAGUAGUACUCCAUUGUUAUCUCUCUCUCACUUUGUGCGUGCGAGCGAGUGUUUUGUUUUCCUCCGAGAUCCAAAUCGUCUCGUGGAUCCAAACCUUUGCAACUCCGUGGAUCUCCUCCUCCUCCUCCUCUCGCUGGAUCUCGUACCUUGAGCACCGGAAAAGAUGGACAAAUCUAGUACCUUGCUUGUGCACUAUGACAAAGGGACUCCAGCAGUUGCAAAUGAGAUUAAAGAAGCUCUUGAAGGAAAUGAUGUUGAAGCAAAGGUUGAUGCCAUGAAGAAAGCGGUUAUGCUUUUGCUGAAUGGUGAAACCAUUCCUCAGCUUUUCAUAACCAUUAUAAGAUAUGUGCUGCCUUCUGAGGACCACACAAUCCAAAAGCUUCUGUUGCUGUACCUGGAGCUGAUUGAAAAAACGGAUUCCAAGGGGAAGGUGUUGCCUGAAAUGAUUUUGAUUUGCCAGAAUCUUCGGAAUAACCUUCAGCAUCCGAAUGAGUACAUCCGUGGAGUGACACUGAGGUUUCUCUGUCGGUUGAAGGAGACUGAAAUAGUGGAGCCUUUGACUCCAUCAGUGUUACAAAAUCUGGAGCACCGCCAUCCAUUUGUUCGCAGGAAUGCAAUUCUGGCCAUCAUGUCGAUAUAUAAGCUUCCACAAGGCGAGCAACUUUUCGUCGAUGCGCCUGAAAUGAUCGAGAAAGUUCUAUCAACAGAACAAGAUCCGUCUGCCAAGAGAAAUGCUUUUCUAAUGCUCUUCACCUGUGCUGAAGAGCGAGCAGUGAAUUAUCUUCUGAGCAAUGUUGACAAGGUUUCAGACUGGGAUGAGUCCCUUCAGAUGGUGGUUCUGGAGUUGAUUCGAAGUGUGUGUAAGACUAAACCAUCAGAGAAGGGGAAAUAUAUUAAGAUUAUUAUUUCUCUGUUAAGUGCCACUUCUUCUGCAGUUAUCUACGAAUGUGCUGGGACACUUGUUUCUCUCUCAUCUGCCCCUACUGCUAUUAGGGCUGCUGCCGACACCUACUGCAAACUUCUUUCUUCUCAGAGUGACAACAAUGUGAAGCUUAUUUUGCUCGAUCGGUUGAAUGAACUAAAGACAUUGCACAGAGAUAUCAUGGUUGAGUUGAUAAUAGAUGUUCUUAGAGCACUCUCAAGCCCAAACCUUGAUAUCCGCAGGAAGACACUUGACAUUGCCCUUGACUUGAUUACUCAUCAUAAUAUCAAUGAGGUCGUGCAAAUGCUGAAGAAAGAAGUUGUGAAGACACAGAGUGGAGAGCUUGAGAAGAAUGGAGAGUACAGACAAAUGCUUAUUCAAGCAAUCCAUGCUUGUGCAGUUAAGUUCCCUGAAGUUGCAAGCACAGUGGUCCAUCUUCUAAUGGAUUUCUUGGGAGAUAGCAAUGUGGCUUCUGCUCUUGACGUGGCUGUUUUUGUUAGAGAGAUAAUUGAAACAAAUCCCAAGUUAAGAGUUUCAAUCAUUACCAGGUUGUUGGACACGUUCUAUCAGAUCCGUGCAGGAAAGGUCUGCCCUUGUGCUCUUUGGAUUAUUGGAGAGUAUUGCCUAUCACUUUCAGAAGUUGAGAGUGGCAUUUCAACCAUUAAACAAUGCCUUGGCGAAUUACCAUUUUACUCUGUUUCUGAGGAGUCUGAACCAACUGAAACAUCGAAGAAAAUUCAGCCUACCUCUUCUGCCAUGGUGUCCUCAAGAAAACCAGUGAUUCUUGCUGAUGGAACUUAUGCUACCCAAAGCGCAGCCUCUGAAACCACAUUUUCCUCACCUACAGUUGUUCAAGGAUCGCUGACUUCUGGAAAUUUGAGGGCACUGCUUCUAACUGGUGAUUUUUUCCUGGGAGCGGUGGUUGCUUGCACAUUGACUAAACUUGUUCUUAGGUUGGAAGAGGUUCAGUCUUCUAAAACUGAAGUGAACCAGACAGUCUCACAGGCUUUGCUGAUAAUGGUUUCUAUGUUGCAACUUGGGCAAUCACCUGUUUCUCCACACCCUAUUGAUAAUGAUUCGUAUGAGAGGAUUGUCUUGUGCAUAAAAUUGCUUUGCCAUAGGAAUGAUGAGAUGAAAAGGAUAUGGUUGGAAACCUGCCGUCAGAGUUUUGUCAAGAUGAUUUCCGAAAAACAGCUUAGAGAGAUGGAGGAACUUAAGGCAAAGACCCAAACAACUCAUGCUCAGCCUGAUGAUCUAAUUGACUUCUUCCAUCUUAAGAGCCGGAAGGGAAUGAGUCAGCUUGAGCNAGGAAAGGUCUGCCCUUGUGCUCUUUGGAUUAUUGGAGAGUAUUGCCUAUCACUUUCAGAAGUUGAGAGUGGCAUUUCAACCAUUAAACAAUGCCUUGGCGAAUUACCAUUUUACUCUGUUUCUGAGGAGUCUGAACCAACUGAAACAUCGAAGAAAAUUCAGCCUACCUCUUCUGCCAUGCCUCUGAAACCACAUUUUCCUCACCUACAGUUGUUCAAGGAUCGCUGA